AUGAUCGAAGAGGGCCUGAAUCUCACGCCAGAAGAGGCUCUCUCACGGUCGCGAGACAUGUUAGAAAAGUCCCUGGAAGCCGUCGAACGGCGUCGUAAUCUGAUACUCGAAGACAUUGCAAACAUGAGCCAGCGGACAGGGGAUUUGACGUGGCUCCAUCGGCAUCAGCAGUGGGUAAGUUUCGACAACAGCAAAAUGCUGAGGUUUAUCGAAAGUUGCGACAAGAUCCAAAGGUUUGCAAGCGUCCCUGUGUUUGCCUCAACGGCAACCCAGGAUCUGGUGGAGAUAGUGCUCGACGUGAAGAAAGCUCUAUUUGUGAGCGAGGGCUUCUUGCAUAGCCUUGAGUCACUCCUAAAAGGUGGUCUCGCGUCCCGGAAGGCUGAGAUGACUGCUGUGCAGAUGCAGAUCGACGAGCUAUUGUUACUGCUCGAGUACGACGCUCUGCUCCGUGAACACAGAAUAUACCGCCCACCAAUGAGUGCGCUGUCCAAAGUUCAGAAAGCAGAGAUUUUCUGCGAGGAGCGUGAAGAACUGCUGAGACGGUAUGGCAUGCCGCCAAUCAGUGGAUAUUUUGGCUACCUGCUGGAGGCUAAAGAAACGCUUAACCAGGUCUAUGGCAUGUGGAACGAUGUUGAGCGCGAGCGCGCACGUCUCAAGUUUCUCAGGGAGUCGUCGGAUGUGUGCCUCGAGCCUGAGAACCAUAGAGAUCUCAAUGCGCAGAUCGAUGAAUUCGAGGCUCAGGAUCGGACGUCCUUGGCAGAACUGUACAGCUUGCUCUUAACACCAUUGAGGCAAGCCCAAACUGAGUUCAUGAAUAAGCCGUUCGUUCGCGCCGAGGAGGAGACGGUGUUGAAGAUCGUGGGGCUGAUUCACGAUGCUGAGGCACAUAUUUAUCAGGAUCGAGGCGCGCUUGAUUUCUACAAGCGCCUUAUCGAAAGUGGUUCUCUUCAAUGA